AUUUUGAUUUCCCCCAAAUUUUAAACAGGGCAUCUUCUCCUUUAUAGAAAAAAGAAAGAAAGUAUAAUAUACUAAUAUGAAUGAGUUAUAAUAGUAAUAUAUACAUAUACAUUUAUAUAAAAGAAAGGAGCAGCAUUGGAUCAAGAGGAGUAGGUGAUGGAGUCAAAAAUGGAUCAGUACGAAAUGAUGGAGCAAAUUGGGCGUGGUGCUUUUGGUGCUGCCAUUCUUGUUCAUCACAAAUUUGAGAAAACCAAAUAUGUUUUGAAAAAGAUUCGACUUGCUAGACAAACCGAACGUUGCAGAAGAUCUGCUCAUCAAGAGAUGGCGUUAAUUGCUCGGAUACAGCAUCCGUUUAUUGUCGAGUUUAAAGAAGCUUGGGUUGAAAAGGGUUGCUAUGUUUGUAUUGUUACCGGGUAUUGUGAAGGCGGGGAUAUUGCCGAAUUGAUGAAAAAAUCACCCAACCAAUACUUUGAGGAGGAGAAACUCUGCAAGUGGUUUACUCAGAUAUUAUUGGCGGUUGAAUAUUUGCAUUCCAAUUAUGUUCUACACAGAGACUUAAAAUGCUCGAAUAUUUUCCUUACAAAAGAUCAAGAUGUUCGUCUUGGUGAUUUUGGACUUGCCAAGACUUUGAAGGCUGAUGACUUGGCUUCCUCGGUGGUAGGAACACCGAACUACAUGUGUCCUGAACUGCUUGCAGAUAUCCCUUAUGGCUUCAAAUCAGAUAUAUGGUCUCUAGGUUGCUGUAUGUAUGAGAUGGCUGCUCACCGCCCAGCAUUUAAAGCUUUUGAUAUGGCUGGACUAAUAAGUAAAAUAAACAGAUCCUGUAUAGGACCUUUGCCUCCUUGCUAUUCUCCAUCCCUAAAGGCGCUUAUAAAAGGAAUGCUCAGGAAGAACCCAGAACAUCGACCGAGUGCAUCUGAAAUUCUGAAGCACCCAUAUCUGCAACCAUACGUUGACCAGUAUCGCUCUUCAUAUGGUCUUCGUAUAUCUUCACCUUCAAAGCCCAUUGGUAGCUCUCAUGAUAUAAGAAAGAGGAGAUCUGAAAGCCAAAGUAGUAACAGCUCUUUGAGCGAUAAAGAUAGUGUCAAGUCGAGUGAUAAAAACAUUCACAGUGCUUGCACAUGUGACCAUAGUAAAGCUACUAAUGCAAGUCUGGCUUCUGGAGAUGAUAGGAAUUGCAUUGAUUCAUUUCUAGAAGAUAUCGAACAUGAUGAAAUUGACAUGAUGCGAGAGGUAACCAAACCGAUAGUAGACGAUCAAAAGUCAAAUGAAGAAGCUAAGCAAGUGAAGUUGGCCAAACAAACAAAGACAGGUCUGAAAGAUGGAAAACUAAGGGAACACAGUUCACCCAUGAGAGGUGGGAGAUUAAAGACUGGAAGUGAUAUCGAAACACCAAGCAAAUUGCCAAAACCAACGGUUGUGAAUCAUGCGUGGAAGGUGGCUAGUGCUGAAACACCACCAGAAAAAUGCAACUCUGAGUCAAAGAAAAGAUCUCAGGGAUCAAGUACCUUGAAGCAUCAGGUACCUGUCAUUGACUCGUCUGCAAAGAUUAAACCCAGGCUCGAGGGGAAUCUCCCCUUUGUUCCUCCCAAACCCACUGAGGAUACUAAUCAGAGACUAAGAACCCCACCGACUCUUCUUAGAAAACCAUCCUUCGCUGGACGCAUUAAGCAACUAGCGAUAGAUGAUUCUGAUGCCACCAGCAUUACUAAAAAAAUUGAAUCUAACAUAAUUCAGACUCCUUUCAGAAUGAUAAGUCCCACUGCAACAUCUCAGACAAAGAUAAAAGGUCUCACUGAGUUAACUCGUACCCCUGAAAUGAUAAAACCAAGUGAGACUCAGAUUCCUGGUACGAUCAAUCAUGAAAUAGUGCACAAAACUGCUCAGAGAAAACUUGUUUCAAAGAUCAUACACGAGUCCAGGGUCGGAGUUUCAAAUGAGAAUCAGACAGAUAGCUUCAAUUCAAUAACAACUUCACCUUGUAUUCAAGGAUUUGAACCUUCUGACGUGACGGAAGUUGUACCUUUUAUGCAUAAACAAGAAAAUCUAACCGAAAUUUCUCAAUCAUGCAUGCCCAGUUCCUCAAGUCCUUCAUCUCAUCAGAACGAAAUACCUGAAAGACUAUUUCAUAAAAACUUUCAGACAUCUAAGGUUCUCCUUGGAGAUAAAAAUCAAGAAUCUAGAGUUGCUAAUGAGAUACCAUGCUCGAAUGUUGCAUUGGAUGUGUUAUUUCCCAGUGAAUCUGAUGCAAUUUCCCAAUCAAACACCAAUUUCAUAUCCAAAGAUGAUGACAAGUUCACUGUAAAAGAAUUUAUCACACAUGUAGCAGAUACUACUACAUCUUCUUCCAUUGUUCCUGCUUCAUCUAGUCAAAUGAAUAUGUUGUCAGAAGGGGAAUCAGCUUUACAAAAUCCAAUGAUUGAAAAACUGGCUCCACCUCAGAACCCACCAGCUUUUGGUGAUGUAAUUCAUGUGAUACGUCAUAGUAGCUAUAGAGUCGGAGAUGAGCUAUCACAUGUUGAAACAGUUGAAAGAAAUUUACAGGCAGGGAAGCGAAUGAAUAUGCUAUCUCCAACAGCAUCUAUAGAAUCCUCUUCUGAAAUCAUGUCUGUAAAUCAUGAUAGUCCAUGCAGUAAAGAUCUUGCUGCAAAUAACACAAUAGAGCAAGUAAAACCAACCACUCCUGAAGUUCAAGAAGAAAAGCCAGCCGUGAAAGAAAGUUUAGAUAUCACAUCUAUUAGACAAAGAUCAGAGGCACUUGAAGAGCUUCUUGAAUUAUCUGCUGAUUUGCUACAACAAAAUAGGCUGCAAGAAUUGGCAGUUGUUCUUAGACCUUUUGGCAAAGAUAAAGUUUCACCGAGAGAGACUGCUAUCUGGUUAGCUAGAAGUCUUAAAGGCAUGAUGGUUGAUGACUCAAAUAGGAACUCGUAGAGUGUCUUAUUACUGGUAUGCUUUCCCACUUUUUGUUUGAUAUUUUCAUAUUAAUCUUCUAAAUGCCAUCCUUGAUUCUUUCAUUGUGUUAUGUUGUAUAUAUCGACAUUACAAACGGAAUAAUUUCUUGGUUUAUUAGCUAAAAUGUGUAAGUACCAACUUUUUCCGGUUACUUUUGCCCGUAAUUAUCAAGGAAAAAUCUUGAUUUGA